UGUGGCCAGAUGACUGAUAACUGGUGAAAAGCUUAAAAGGGAAACGUCAGAUGAACCGCUGAGGCACACGGAGCUGCAGGUAGUGAACAGAAGCGAAGAAAAAAAAGUUUGAGCUUUUGAAAAUGGAAAUUCUCAUGGAAGGGAUGCUGUACAUUCAGGCUGUCAGGUUUGGAAAGAAAACCUGGAGGAAAACAUGGGGGGUGCUGCACAACCCCAGUUCCAAAGGUGUCGGCCGGUUGGAGCUCUACUCCAUAGUGAACAACAACGCUGUCUCUAACCAGAAGAAGUGGAGUCGACUGAAGACACCGGAGAGCAAGACCGUACGUCUGAGCGACUGCCUCAGUGUCUCCACUGCACCAAAGGAGUCCUGUCCUGACGGAUGCUCUGCCUUCUACCUGCACACCCGACAGUGCAUUUACACUCUGGCCUCCCUGCCAGACCAGGACUGGCUGAGCUGUCUGUGUCCGCUAGUCUUCCAGAGUGAUUCUGAAGACUCAGACCUGGGGAGUUCAGAGAGAGGAACUGGUUUGAUCAUGAAGGACAACGACCUGUACUGUUCAUGGACGACUGAAUCAAACCUUCCUCCGAACACCUAUCGAGUGACUGUGCAGAGCACAGAAGCAUCCCGGAGGUGCAACCUGUCGGGGACCUACCUGUUCUCCCCAGAACCAGAGGCUGUGACUCUGCUGACCUGCAAUUCUGGUCACGUCCUCUACACCUGGUCGUACAGACAAAUGCGCAGGUUAAAACAAGUCGAGGGUGGAUUCUCCUUUGAAGCACGCCGUGGCUGUCAGUCAGGAAACGGCGUCUUCGUCUUCCUCUCUGCUCGUGCACCCGAGAUCCUCCAGACAAUAUUAGAGCAGUGCUCCGUGCAGACCAGCACAUCUGUCCCGCCACUUACCGACAACCACAAGUCAUUGUGUGACCAAUUUCCUACUGUUGUCCAAACAGUGACCCACCCACCUGCUGCUCCUGCUGUCUACGCUCCUGAAGACGACCCCGCAGAGACGGAGCACGAGUCUGACAACAUCUACUCCAACAUUAAUCUCCGCCCUCGCCCCCAGCCGUCUCUCUCCACGCCUUCCAUUUCGAUCAGCACGGAGGCUGUGGGAGAUGAAAGCGAGAAUGACGACGACGACCAGUGUUACUACCUGUCGGCUCUGAGCCUGGAUGAUCACAGAGACGGCAGCGACUUCUUUCACUUGAGGAGAACCAUUUCUGCUCCAACCGAAGAAGACGCCUCACAGUGCGUCUAUUCUGCCGUGAAAAAGACCAAAUCUUCCACGGAACCCCAAGUGGAGACUUUCUACUCUCCCCUCCCUCCCCCUCCUCCCUGCCCCCCUCCUCAGCCUGUUUCCUACACACCCUACCCCAAGCCAAGAUACCAGCAUCAGCUCUCUGUGAAUAAUUUAAUCCAGCCAGGGCUCAGCACUCAGGCACAGGCAGUGGAUGACAUAAAGGAGAUGGAAGAGGCCAUCAGCUCCUCCACCCAUGUCACCCCCACAGAGCCCCCCGGCAGUUUUAAAUACAGGCUGGCAGCAAUCAUUUCUAAGGACCUGGCAAAGUCCCAGCCCGAUCCUCACCCCACCGUGAGCGGCUCCACCCUCUCUUGGUAGGCUGUUAGUUAGCAGACAGACCAGGAGGAGCCAUAUUAGCCAUGAUAGAUGCUCACGUGGGAUCCGUUUUUUUUUUUUUUCCCUGUUUAAUUUCACUCCCCUCCACUGGGACCAUGAGGUGUCAGAUGUUUAGUUUGCAGAUGUUUAUCUGUGCAGCCUGUUGUUUUUAUUCACUGGAUGGUUUGAGGCAAAACAGGAUUCAAUUAAUGAUGUUGUUCACUGCUGGAACUUAAGAGGGGCUGUGUGUGUGUGUGUGUGUGUGUGUGUGCCUCCCUGUUAAAUUGGUGGAUAGACUGAGACACAAACUAGAGCCUGAAUUUGAGGACAUGGCUUUAAAAGGAGAUAUUAUUUUAAUGUCCUUUGACCUUUUAACCGAGUUAAAUUUAACCAGGUCAGGAAGUCACGGAUCUGUAUUGUGUUUAGUCAAAGGAAGGUGAUUUCCAGAGUUUAGAAUGUUUUAUCUGAUUCAUAUCCUUUGUGAUUAAUCACAAAUAAUGACGAUCAUAGUCCAUCAUGAAGCAUCAUUAUUGCAUUUAAUCAUGAUUAAUUGAUAUUAGUCAACAUUCCUAAAUUAGACAAAUCCUUUGUCAGCUCUCUGCUGACUCAUUCUCUUGCCAAUGUUUCGUGCCUGCCUCGAUUUGAAAACAAUUGAACUGAAAUUCGAGUUUUUGAGCUUUUGAGCCCAACGUGUGGUUCUGAUUUCAAAAGUAUCAGCUAAUCAGAUGAGUAACCUGAAGGAAGCGUCAUUGAGUUAGCA